AUGAUUGAAAGAUUUUUAGAUGAUGUGAUCGCUGUGAUGAGGAAUAAGUUGGGACUCGAGAAGGAGCAAAGCGGAUCUGCAGCAUAUGUCGAGGGAACACAUAUUUGGAUAGUCCUUGCCGGUAUUUGUGUAUACUAUCCACUUUCAAUUGGACUGACAUUUUUUCAAAAAUGGUUCAUUAAGAGUUAUAAGCUUCCUCUUUUUGUCGUCACGUGUCAUUACGUUAUCAAGUACCUAAUUGCUAUUGUUAUUCGAUUUUUUGUGGAGUUAUAUACAGGAAAACGUGCUCGAGUACCUUUGAAAGAACAGCUUAUGUGGCUUGUACCGAUUGGUAUUUGUGCAUCUCUCGAUAUUGGCUUAUCGAACUGGGCCUUGGAAUAUGUAACCGUGAGCUUAUUUACAAUGGCUAAAUCUAGCAGUAUAUUGUUUAUUGUUGCAUUUGCUUUGCUACUACGUUUGGAACGAUGGAGACCUAAUCUUGUCAUAUCUGCAGGGCUAAUUGCAUUUGGUUUAUUCCUCUUUACAUGGAGAUCAUCUUCAUUUGAAAUUCAUGGCUUAUUGUUGAUCGAGUUAGCAGCAGCAUGUACAGGUUUAAGGUGGACUGUUUCUCAGGUCAUAAUGCAAGGAGAGGAAAAAAUGCUGAAACAUCCAUUAGACAUGGUUGCACAUGUACAGCCAUGGAUGAUUAUCGCUAUUCUUCCGCUUCUUCUUAUUUAUGAAGGUUCUCAAAUGUCUUUUGACAAAGUUGCAAGUUACCGGGAUAAUCACGCACCAUUCUCCGUACUACUUUUUGUUUCAAUUGGUGGUUUUUUGGCCUUUGCUAUGGAAAUGGCAGUCCAAACUGUGUUUGUAUUUACUCAACAAGUACUUCAGGAAGUGGUGACGUUGUCUCUGGCUCAUUUUAUUAAUGGUGAUAGUUUUUCAGUGAUCAAUACUAUUGGUUUAUUUCUGUGCUUUAGUGGUAUGCUUUUACAUGCUUUUUCAAAAAGAAAAUUCUUAAACAGUCGCUUGAAAUCACCAAGGCUGGACAGAAGAAGACUAUUAACGGACGUUGAUACUUAA